CUUUUUUCUUGAACAAAAUCGGAAUCAGCUGAUUGAUAAAGAAAACAAUAAAGCAAAGAGACCAACACGUGAAAUGGAGGCGGGUAUUUGCUACAUAAAACCGGAAUACCUGGUACAAGAAGGCAAUGAAAGCAGCUUGGCGGUUACAUCCGACAAAGGCGAAACCAACAAGAGAAAGCGCGAGGAAGGUGAAACUGAAGCCGGCAAAGCCAAAGACGCCGGUGGAAACAAUAAAUGGAACAAAAAGGAACGCAAACGGGGUCAGAACAAAAAUCGUCCUGUGUUCAAGGAUGAGCGGUACUCGCAUCUCUGCCACUCGCUGAUCGAUGGAACUGGGGGAGAACCCUGUUCCGUUCCGAAUUGCCGCUAUGUCCAUGAUCUGGAUGCCUUUCUGGCAGCCAAGGGCGAGGACCUUGGCCCAGAGUGCUAUGUGUAUACAACAAAAGGCUACUGUGCGCGCGGAGUUAGCUGUCGGUUUGCCAAGAGCCACACGGAUGAGCUUGGCAGGAACAUAAAGCAGCAGGAAUACAACGAAAAGGCUCCCACUACAUGCAAUGGCAUAAGCUCAGAACUUCAGGUGCGGCUGCGGAAGCGUGACUACGAUUUUAGUCGUUGCAAGGAGCUCAUUAAGCGGGCAGAACAGCUUCGAGACGCCCGAAAGCAAACAGAACAGAAACAGCCAGAGUCUGGGGACGCGUUGGAAGAGCAGCCUGUCCAAGCCAGUGAAGCCGACGAGCAGCCGGAGCCUGCGACAGAGAAACAGGCAAAGUGCACGGACACCGUAGACACUGAAACUUCAGCGGGUUGUGUUAUUUAUGACUCUACCACUGGAAGAGAUGCCGAGCUAAAACCAGCCGUUGAUUUCCGCGAUAAACUCCUCCUGUCUCCGCUGACCACUGUCGGGAACUUGCCUUUUCGACGCAUCUGCAAGGAAUUUGGUGCAGACAUCACCUGCGGCGAGAUGGCCUGCGCUAUGCCCCUGGUCAAGGGCCUGGGUCAGGAGUGGGCUUUGACCAAGCGCCAUGAAAGCGAGGACGUCUUUGGUGUGCAAUUGUGCGGGAACAACCCCAAUAUGAUCGCCCAGGCAGCGCAGGUCAUUGCGGAGACGACCCAAGUGAAUUUCAUAGAUCUUAACAUUGGUUGUCCGAUUGAUUUGAUUUACCAGCAAGGCGGAGGCAGCGCAUUGAUGCGGCGCACAAAUAUCCUGGAGCUUACCGUUCGUAGUUGUGCGGCCCUGUCAGAUCGCCUGCCGUUCACCGUGAAAAUGCGCACCGGCAUCUAUGCGGACAAAUCCGUAGCGCACGAGCUGCUCCCCUUGGUUGAGGAGUGGGGCGCUUCCGCCGUAACCCUCCACGGGCGAUCCAGGGAGCAGCGCUACACCAAGCACGCCAACUGGAGCUACAUUGAGGAGUGCGCGGCCAAAGCCAAACGCAUGCCAGUGAUCGGAAACGGGGACAUUCUCAGCUACGAGGACUACGUGGAGAGGCGAAAACUGGCUCCACACGUCAGCUCUGUGAUGAUUGGGCGAGGAGCGCUCAUUAAGCCAUGGAUCUUCCAGGAAAUAAAGGAGCACAAGGCCUGGGAGCCCUCAUCAGGUCAACGUUACGACUUGUUGCGCAAGUACUGCAACUAUGGACUGGAGCAUUGGGGCUCGGACACAAAGGGUGUGGAGACGACCCGACGAUUUCUCCUCGAAUGGCAGUCGUUCUUGUACCGCUACAUACCGGAGGCCCUGCAGCAGGCCCCGCCGCAGAAGAUCAACUCGCGACCUCAAAAAUACCGAGGGCGCGACGAAAUGGAGACCCUCAUGAGUUCCGGAAACUCCGCCGACUGGGUGAAGCUGAGCGAAUCGCUGCUGGGUCGGGUACCCGAAGGUUUUAGUUUCGUGCCAAAGCACAAGGCAAACGCCUUUUAAACGAUUUUCUUUUAGUUUUCAUAAACACUAAUAAAAGUUAUAGUUAUUAAUUAA